AUGGUGAGGCUUCUACAAUACAUGAUCUGGAAGUUUCUUCGUUGCGCUCGCUCCCAGUUAGGUCGUUUGGCUGCAAGAUUACGUGAGAUUGAUAGUGAUACUGAGUCAGAAGUUGAUGACAUUGUUGGUAGCAGCAGUGUUUCAACAGCUUUACCAGACGCCAGUGGGCAAGAUGAUGCAGCUACUGAACCUUGGGAUGAUCAUGAUUCUUCAAAAUCUGACGUUGCUGAGCUUGACACUUCAGUUUUCCUUUCUUUUGCAUGUAAUCAUUAA